AUGGAUGAGUCCGGACUUCCACCUAUUCGCCUGAUGCUCUAUUGCAGACCCACCUUCCACAGCCAGUUCGAGUUCUUGCGCGAACGAGUAUUGAAUGAAGGUCAUCUGGGCUGGAUCCUCGGUCCUCCUGGAACGGGGAAGUCAACAACUGCAAUGGCAUUCGCGUCGACUGUGAACAGAAGUGAAUGGAUUGUGACGUGGAUCCACGUGGGCAAGAACAUGACGUGGCGGUGUGUGCGUUUGAUUGGCGAUGAACGGAAGACAAGAGCUAUCGACAUUGCGGACAUGGAUGAAGUGUUGCGGAUUGAUGACGACACAAUGCAUCACCUAGUACUUCUGGAUGGGUGGACUGCUGCAGACUCCUUUACUCAGCUGACCGUGAAAUGCGUUGAAUGGUUCCUUCAGAGCAAUGAGAUUAAGCAGCGGCGACUAGCGUUUGUUUGUUCCGUUGCCGCCCGUGGUAAGGUUCAAGAGGACAUGGAGAUCCUGACAAACGCAAUGGAGUUCCAUGUGUGGUCGUGGACUCUAGACGAGUACCUCAAUGCGAUCAAGGAUGACGAGGUGUUCCAGAGUGUAUCGCAAUGUCUGGAUGCCCCUGCAGUGUUGCCAAAUGAAGAGAUGUCUCGCGCGGCAAUGGUAGAGUCCAAGUAUUACUACGCAGGUGGUUCCUGUCGUUAUAUGUUUCACUUCCGUACUGCGACCGUGGCGACAAAGUUGAGUGAUGCCGUGGAUACUUUGAACGAUGCUGCGACUGUUGCAACAAGGGGCCAGCGUUCAUCUUUAAGCAUCAACCGUCUGUUUGGGAUGUUCAAGCGACCAGAUUGGGAAGGUACUGUGUCGCCGUUGAUCAGUCAGUAUGCUGCUACAACAGUUGCUAUCUUAUGCGGUCCGGAGGCUAUCAAGAAGUUCAUGUCGACGCAUCGAGACAGCUCAAACCCAGCUUUGGAUGGAUGGAUGCUGGAGAUGGUGUUCUUCGCAAGUCUUCGAAAUGGUGGCCUCGAUCUUGUUGAUGCGGCAGGAAACAAGCUUGAAUCGUGGAAUCAAUCAGUUAUUGUGGUUUCUGAUGCAAUACCUGCGCUUUCUUCUGCUCAUCCCGUUUGGAUUAAGCCAGAAAAGUGGAACCAAGGCGGAUACGACGCGAUUAUGGUGUGCAAGCGUACUCGGCAUGUGCGCUUGGUGCAAGUGACGAGUGCCCACAAGCAUUCUUUUCGUAUCGAACACUUCUAUGGAUGGUUGAUGAUGCUGUCGAAAUCGCCCGAAAGUUUUGAGGUGGAGACAAUGGAGAUAAUCUUCGUCGUCGAGCAAGACAAGCUGAGCGCGUUCGACUUCACAACGGUGACGGGACAUGGACUCCUCGUACCAUUUGAUUGGCCGAAGGGUAAGGAGACAGACUUGGUACGGCUGGUAGGGAUUCGAGGGUUAUAUAGUCUGUAG